CCCAAUAUCAUGCCCAAUAUUUACACGGUUAACAGCACACUUUUACGUGGUGCUCUGUGAUUCUACGUGCUUCAUCUCUGUUUCAUUUGAAAAAAUGGAACUCGUCUCGCUUCGGUGUGUGUCAGGAUUCUGUGCCCGGCGCGAAGCGGCCGUGCAAUGAUGUCGGCGACGAGCUUAUGUUAAUGUAGACUGUCACCAAUGGUUGGAGCCAUGCGUGAGCCUGAGCUGGACGAUGACUCCAGUCAUCUACCGGACUGGAAGUUGCCGCUGGCGUUCAGCAAUGCUCGACACGCGUCUGAGCCCUGCGAAAGCAUCCCCACACAGACGUGGCGGAUGAAAGAACGGAUGAAAACGGUCAGCGUGGCUCUUGUGAUGUGCCUAAACAUUGGUGUGGAUCCACCAGAUGUGGUCAAGACGCAACCGUGCGCACGACUUGAGUGCUGGCUUGACCCACUCCAGUCGCCCCCACAGAAGGCUCUGGAGAGCAUCGGAGCGGCACUGCAGAAGCAGUAUGAGCGGUGGCAGUCGCGUGCUCGCUACAAGCUCAGCCUUGAUCCCACCGUGGAGGAGGUCAAGAAGCUUUGCUCCUCACUCAGGCGCAACUCCAAGGAGGAUCGUGUCCUCUUCCACUACAAUGGCCAUGGUGUGCCCAAGCCAACCAUCAAUGGCGAAAUCUGGGUCUUCAACAGGACAUACACGCAGUACAUCCCGCUGUCCAUGUAUGACCUGCAGCAGUGGAUGGGUGCUCCGUCCAUUUAUGUGUAUGACUGCUCUUCUGCGGGCCUUAUCCUCGAGUCAUUCAACAAGUUUGCCAUCCAGCAUGAACGUGAGUUCGAGAUCUCGCUGGGAAGCGUCAAGGGGCAGGCGCCACCCUGCUACCGGAGCUGCAUCCAGCUUGCUGCUUGCCGCCAGCACCAGGUACUGCCGAUGAACCCAGAGUUGCCAGCGGACUUGUUCACAUCAUGCCUGACAACGCCCGUGCAGAUGGCUCUCAGGUGGUUUGUGCUGCAGAAGGCAAGCCGGCUAGUGCCCAGUGUGACACUUGAGUUGCUAGAGCGAGUUCCAGGCCAGCUGCAUGACCGGCGCACUAUGCUGGGUGAACUGAACUGGAUCUUUACAGCCAUCACAGACACCAUCGCGUGGAACGUGUUGCCCAAGGCACUGUUCCAACGCCUGUUCCGACAGGACCUGCUAGUUGCGAGCUUGUUUCGCAACUUCUUGCUGGCAGAACGGGUGAUGCGUGCGUAUGACUGCCAGCCUGUGUCACAGCCUGCACUGCCGCCAACCUUCCAGCACCCCAUGUGGCAAGCCUGGGACCUGGCACUGGACUUGUGCCUGGCUCAGCUGGCACGAGUCCAGCAGGGGCAUCCCUUUCAGCACUCGCCCUUUUUCGCCCAGCAGCUGACAGCCUUCCAGGUGUGGCUAACCUUCGGCUCGGAGCAGUCGGCUCCGCCGGAACAGCUGCCCAUUGUUCUGCAGGUGCUGCUCAGCCAGAUCCAUAGGGUGCGGGCACUCGACCUCCUAGGCAGGUUCCUCGACCUGGGCCCCUGGGCGGUCAACUUGGCUCUGUCAGUGGGGAUCUUCCCAUACAUCCUGAAGCUGCUUCAGAGCUGUGCCCGGGACCUUCGACCACUGCUCGUUUCCAUCUGGGCCAAGAUACUGGCUGUCGACCAGUCGUGUCAAGUAGACCUCGUUCGAGACAAUGGCCAUCGCUACUUCCUGAGUGUGCUAUCAGACCUGUCCAUGCCGCCGGAGCAUCGAACCAUGGCUGCCUUUGUCAUGUCGUGCAUCGUGGCCAACUACCCCAGCGGACAGGAGGCAGCUUUGAAAGGCAAUGUCAUAGCCCUCUGCACGGAGCAGCUGACAGACAGCCACCCUCGGCUUCGCCAGUGGCUUGCCAUCUGUCUUGGCCGCACUUGGAAUGGCUACACAGCUGCUCGUUGGUGUGGCAUCCGGGACAGUGCUCACGAGAAACUUAGUACUCUACUUGCAGACCCUGUGCCAGAGGUCCGAGCUGCUGCAGUGUUUGCACUCGGCACCAUACUCAACUGCCCUGCCAAGCGCACUGACCAUGCUGAUACCAUAGACCACAACAUCGGCAUGACCCUCAUCUCAUCAGUGGCCAAUGAUGGCAGCCCAAUGGUCCGCAAGGAGCUGGUGGUGGCAUUGCAGUGGCUUCUCUUCGUGUUCGAGACCCAGUUUGUGGCUGUAGCAUACCAGUACCUGGAGGAAGAAACCUCCAAGGAGGCUGUCCAUGCUAACAACUUGGGCAACCUACUGAGUCCUGCCAGUGCAGAGAUCACACCACUUGGCAUGAAGAAGGUGGCAUCACGAGACCGGCUCAAGCUGCUGCCCAUCACCGGAAACCUGCUGUCGGGUGCUGCCGUGGUGGAGGGCCUGCCAGAGCCCCCGCCUGUGUUACUGGCCCAGCAGCAGCAGCAGCAGCAGGCGCCCGUACAAGAGAAGAUGCGGCGUGUGUCUUCCAGCACGUCCAUCUGCAGCCUGGGCAGCAUCCUGGGCAGCUAUGGCAGUGUCUAUAGCCAGGUGUGGCGUGCACUGGUCACCCUGGGCAACGACCCACACCCUGAGGUGGCCACCAUGGCCCGCCUGCUGCUCAAGGCCUACCGUGAUAAGGCUCAGUCAAGCUUUGAGGCCAAGAAGUGCCGGAAAAGCUCUGUAUGCCACUCGGAGCCAUCAUCCCCUUCGGGAAAGAUCAGCUACCUGUCAAGUGAGUCCCCUCCACCGACAUCUAUGAACCUGAGCCUACGACCACCGGUGCAGACACCCACUCGAAGCCACCAGUUCCAGCAUACAGCUCACUUCAGCCGGUCACGUAAGAUCUUCGACCGAGGCCCCGAUGUGCCUGCACCGGUGGCAGAGGACGACACGGAAGAGCACCUCAAUGCACGCAGCUCAUCACCCUUGGUGACAACAGGCUUUGUGGACUGGUGCUCCCAAUACUUCACCCGUCCGCUCAACAAGAUUUUGGAUGUGCCUCAGCUGGGAGCAGGGGACUCCUUGACCGCUAGGGAGUCCCCCUGGUGCCAAGUGCAGGUUACACAGGCCUCAGACUCCGAAAGCAUGGAGCACCAGCAGCGGGAGUGGAGGUUUCUGCGUAAUGCACGGAUAAGGUUGGCUGCGCAGGCUGAACGUCGGAAAACUGCAACUGGAGCGCGCCUGGACGAGCAGGUGUUCUACAGCCGGUGCCCCAGCGUUCCUACCUGUCUAGCCUUUCACCCGCAUGAGGCAGAGCUCUGUGUUGCCAACAGGGAUUCCUAUAGUCUCUGGGAUGAUCAUGGGAACCUUCAGAGCUGCCACAUGAACGAGAAUCCUGCACAGACGCGCAUCACGGCUCUCACCUACCUAAAUGCACAUGAUGUACCACUCCUACUUCUGGGAUCAGAUGACGGAGCCGUUCGUGUAUGGCGAAACUACAGCUUGUCCAACCGUGAAUUGGUGGCAGCCUUCCAAGCCCUUGGAGACGUUCCGAUGACAGCAAGAGGAUCUGGCAUGGUGCUAGAUUGGGAUCAAGAGACAACAACGCUGAUCACAUCUGGUGAUGUCAAGGUCAUUCGUGUCUGGGAUACCAAUCAGGAGAAAAAAGUGCUGGACAUGCCGACUGGCGCAGACUACCCCAUCACAAGUCUCUCCAUUGACCACGAGGGCUCCUUGCUAGUUGCUGGAUGUGGUGAUGGAACCAUCCGGGUCUAUGACCGGCGGCUACCACCUGCAGACUGCCGCAUCAUGACACUUCGGGAACACAACAGCUGGAUUGUGAACGUGCAUCUAAAUGUUAGGGAGCGCCGCAUCACCAGUGGCUGUGUGACCGGUGAUGUGCGCUUCUGGGAGCUGGGUCAGAGCUGCUCAACGCACACGGUCUCCACACACGUCGACAUGACUGCCAUGGCUGUCCACCCGGUCUUUGAUGUCUUUGCAUGUGGGUCAGCCAGCCAGCAGAUCAGUGUGUUCAACAAGGAAGGGGACAACAUGGGCUCCAUUCGUCACCAUGACUGGUUCAUCAACCAGCGUGUUGGUCCCGUCUCCUGCCUGGCCUUCCACCCGUACAAGAUGUGCCUGGCUUCAGGAAGCACAGACUCCAUCAUUGGGGUCUACACAACCGACCGCAAGCACUGAUGGAGCCAAGCGGACCGUGCCUUACAGGAUGUGGAAAAGAGAUGUGACCACUGCACUCAGUGCAUGUCGGCAGGCGCUCCUGAGUCUACCGUGCCAUUCUUUGUAAAUGUCAAGUAGGGUCAAGCAGUUGCAUUGGUAGUGCUUGAUGCCUGUUCACCAGCGUCAACUGCUCUUUCCGAUCGGGGAAUCAGAAAUGAUGCCCUGUAUCUCCACUCUUGAUCAGUUCUGUGCCUCUCAUUGAGUUUAUUGCUUGUAGCGGCCCCAGCAAUCUUUCCUUGUUGGGCACCCUGUUUUUGAGGCUAGCGUUGUAGUUAGCCGUGCGGCUAGUGCCAUCUCAUCACCUGUGGUUCGGAUCCAUUCUGCUUGUAAACUAGUGCUUGCAGGAGAUUGUCACAAGGCUUGCCACUCUGGCACUGUGAGUCUAGCUGACUCAACUUGUCUGACACUGUCACUAAAAGUUUGGUAAAUGUGGCCUUUUUUACAGUGGCUGCAGUCUCACAGAAUAGCCGUGAAAUGUUGGUGCCUGCUAAAAGUGCUUAGGAGAAAAGAAAUGGAAAUUGGGAGUUUUGUGCAAGCAACCAGGAGUGUCAUGAAGUACCUGUCACGGAUGUGCCUAGUCAAAGUGUGGAAGCUGUUUGCCAACUGUUAAGGUUGUUUUGACUGUGCUUGUUGCUGUGCGGAAAGCUGACUAGAAAUUGUGUACAGGGAAUGUGACAAAAGUUGAUGCUCUUGUGUUUCUUUCUUGAAGCUAGUAUAGCUGGCUGUUUUAGUUAUUGCAUAUAUAUAUAUAUAUAUAUUUUUUUUUUUUCUUAUAGAAGGCAUGUUAGGAGGCAGCUUUUUUUUGUUGCUGGGGAAACAUUCAUCAUGUGUCAUAGUGUUCAUCCAAAACUGUCAUUUUGUACUUUCAAACUUACCUGCUUUAGACAUUGUGGAUGAACUGAAGAAGUCCCACGUUUUUCUGUUCAGUGAAAGUUUCUGUUCAAACUUUUUCUGUGACAUAGCAGUGUUGGUCUGUUCAAGCAACUUGUCUUCAUUAAACGCACUGCGUCUUUUACUAGUAUGUAGCCAUUCUGGGUGUAAAAUGUGGACAGCACUUGGAAUAAUGUAGAAAAGGUAUACAAACCAUUUGUUGAAUUUAUCUAGUAAUACCUCUUGCAUGUGCUUUGUUUUGUACAUAAGUUGCUGUGCGUUGCACAAAAUUGUGUUAACAUGAGUGAAAAAAAUGGCCUAAUGACAGCCUUUAUUGUUAUGUAAUUUAUCCAAGAGCCAAGUGACAUGAGCUGGCUGUCAUGCGAGAGAUAGGGGCAUCCACUGAAAAAUUGCUCAUCCAUAUAGCGCAUAAUAUUUUGUGUGUGGACUUUCUCUUGCAUAUUAUUUACGAGGAAAUGAAAAAACCAUUAAGCGCACACAUUCUUCCCAUCUGGCAUGUCACACAUAAGAACAACCACAGAACCAAAAGGGCAAAAAUGUACACUAUAGUGACCAAAGUCUUAAACAAAAACACACUAUGUUCCGACCUCCGCAUGGGGGCCCUGUUGAAGUCCAAGGUUCGACAGAAGCCCAUCCAGUUAGCAUGAAACAUUCUAAUGGGUAAAAAAUGCACGCUACACCAAACAAAGUUUUUAACAAGUGGACAAGACAUUUGUGAGCAAGGCUCCUGUGCAUGGGCUGAAACAGUCUUUUCAUGAAAAACUUUGGUCAGUAUAGUGUGCAUCUUUUACCCUUUGGAAUGUUUCAUCUUGACCAGACAGUCUACAAUUGAACCUUAGACUUAACCAUGGCAUUAUGUGGCACCUGACACAUUGCGAUAAAUGCCUGAGAAGCCUGGGUUCUCUGCGCAGACAAAAUGUGAUCGUUGUCUUUGGCAUGGAGAUGGGCAGAAGCAAUGACUGCUGUCUGCAGGUCAGACGAACUGUCGCUGCCAUUAUGGUGCUGCCAUGUAGCAUGUGACAGCAUAUGAUUGGUUCAUUGACAGGGUUUUAGAUCCAAAACUUACUCUGAAGGCUUGAGGUUAAUUUUGACCACACAGGUAUCUUUAACAUGCAUUCAAAAAACACAGUCUGCCAGUGUUUUUACGGUUUGCACUCACUGUAGUGGGUAACGUGACCUUGCAACAAGCAUGAUCAGCGGAGCAGGGAAAUGACAAGUCAGCCAAUAUCAACAGAGCAUUGUCCAAGGACCUGGUAUGCUUGGACUAUAACAUUCAAUAUGAGCUGCCAGAAGCCAUUAUCAGUGUAAGGCUCUCGAGAAAAAAGUUGAGAGGGUUUCCUCAUUCCAGCAAUGUGCACAUAUUCCCUGCUUUCUGUUGUCUGCUUUCUUUGUGGAGCGAUACUAGACUGGGCUACCAAGUAACUGUCACUCCAUCAAGAAAAAAAAUAAAAAGAGGAAAAAAAAUGGUUACGAAGCUACAGCACCAGUCUACCGUGACGAAGCGUGCUGUGCUAAGGGCAUCCGCACUGGCCAACGGGCCAGCGUAUUAUCACUCCGCAAAGAAAGCAGACAAUGGAAAGCACAGGGGUAUGUUCAUUGCUGUAAUGACGAGACCCUUGCCACUUUCCUCUCAAGCACGUCACUGCGGCCACAGCUUGUGCCUUGCAGCUGAUAAUGAAUGCGAUGGUAUGUUGGCUACACAUGCAAGAACAGCAGUGGUCAGAAUGGUAGUUGCACUCUCACAACUGGGGUGCUGAAAAAAAGAAAUGAAAAAAAAAAAUGGCCCCUACCUCUGCAGUCCUCGUCCUAGCUAGUCAUUAAAAAAGUAAUCUUGGAUCAGAAUAUUAUUGACUUUAACAGGGGAGUGAUUUCUUGGUUUUAAAGAAAUCUUGAAAUACGAGGCAGACACUAGCUAUGUGAACAAAAGACAAAAAAAAUUAUUAAUGUGAGGUAGGCACUGAUUAAAGUACUGUGUUAAGGUGAAGCUUACAAUGUACAAAUCAGUGUGUAAAUGCAGCCAGAGACAUAGUGCAAUGUCUAAUAUGUACAUCUCUGAUUCGUACCUUAGCAACAACUUCAUUCAGUCGUAUUGGCUCAUCUCCAGUAUAACUUGAAGCACCGUGAAGACGAGCACAGGAAUCGAAAAACACACACACAUAACAGGAUGAGCGCUAAACGACCAAUGGAAAAUUUUAUUGAAGGAACAACCAGCUUUAUACCAUCUCAAAAAAAAAGAAAACUGAAAGGUUGAAGGGCAUGUGUACUGCUUACAAGUAGAGGUGUUUAUCUCUACUUGUAGGCAGUGCGCAUGCCCUUCAAUCUUUUGGUUCUUGUUAGCAUAUUUUUUUUCUGACAUGGUAUAAAGCUGGUUGAUCCUUCAAUAAAAUUUUCAGUUGGCAGUUCAGCACUCGUCCUGUUUGUUUUCAAUUCCGGUCCUUGUCUUAAUGCUGCUUCAAGUUAUUUUUCAUUGCCCUUGAACCCUUGCAUAGCAAAAAAAAAAAAAAGACAGAAAAAAAAUUGAGUAGAGCGCUUUCAGUUGUGUCCUUAUACAGUUUAGAAAAAAAAAAAGCCAUUAUUAGGUUUAACCUCUUAACCGUUGAUGAUAACUCGUUAUCACAAGGAGCAUCCUCUGGUGCCAAUGACGAGUUCACUCAUGAAUUUUUGGAAAUUUUUGCAAAACGAUUGCCGAAAGAUGUGCAAAAAUUGUUUUGAAAAAAUUGGGUCCUUUGGGGGAAUUUGUCACGGCGGUUAAGGGGUUAAACAGUGCUUUGUGAUGAGUGUGCAGCAAUGUUUCAUGCAAGUGCACUAUCACAAGCUCCUUACAUCAUCAAGAUCUCAAUCUUUGCGACGUAUUUUGUGUACUGCGAUGAUUUUGUUAUUUCACUGUAAUGUUAACACUCAUCAUAUAAAGAGUUGUUUUGUUCACCA